AUGUCGAAUGAUCUGGAACAUCGUAGUUCACCACCUGAUUUUGGUGAUGAUGAAAUGAAAGAUGAUGAUCAAAUGUUUAAAUCAGCUACAUUACCGGUUACCGAUGAUAUUCCAUUAAGUGAAGAUGAUGAAGAAGAUGAAAAUCCAUUUGGUGAACCAUCUGUAAGUAAAAAAGCAUCAACAAAUAUUAAUGAAUUAUCUACAAAAAAUGAUACACCAUUAACUAUUCCAUCUGUAACACCUAUUGCUGUAUUAGAAUCACCACCAAUGAAACAAGAUAAUCAAUUCUUUCCAAGUGAUACCGGUAUUAACUCAAUAGAAUCAAGUACACAACCGGUAUAUGAAAAUCAAUCUUCGGCAAUCUCAAAACCUAUAACAAAUGAAAAUAUUAGUACAACUAAACCAAUACAAAAACCAAAAGAAGAUCAUAAUAUUGAAAUAACUGUUAAUGAUCCUACAAAAGUUGGAGAAGGUAUGUCAUCAUAUAUGACAUAUCGUAUAACAACAAAAACAUCAUUAUCAAUGUUUAAACAAAAGGAAUUUUCAGUCAAUCGUCGUUUUAGUGAUUUUCUUGGUUUACAUACAAAACUUGUUAGUAAACAUCUUCAAAUGGGUGUUAUUAUUCCAUCACCACCUGAAAAAGAUUCAUUAUCAAUGGCUAAAGUUAAAAUUUCCAAAGAUGAAGGCAUACCAACAGAUUUUAUUGAUCGUCGUCGUUCACAAUUAGAACGUUAUUUAAAUCGUUUAGCACAUCAUGAUAAAUUAAUUCAAGAUCCAGAUUUUCGUGAUUUUAUUGAAAUGUCAUCUGAUUUACCUAAAUCAACAAGUACACAAGCAUUAAGUAGCGCUGGUGUUCUACGUGCAUUAUCAAAUAUAACAAAUCAAGUUACAAAAUUAACAACAAAAACAAGUGAACAAGAUCAAUGGUUCGAAGAAAAACAUACAUUUAUACUUGAUUUACAUACAAAUUUCAAACAAUUAUUUAAUCAUUUCAAUACAUUAUUUACUCAACGUAAAGAAGCUGGACAAGCAUUAAAACUAUUAUCAACAUCAUUAAAUCAUCUAGCAACUAUUGAAGAACAUACAUUAUUAUCAAGUGCUUUAAUUGAAUUAGCUAAUGUUGAAGAAAAAAUUGAACAAAUAAAUAUUGAUCAUUCAUUAAAAGAAUAUACUUUAAUAAGUGAAUUAAUUAAAGAAUAUAUUUCAUUAUUAGAAAUGGUUCAAUUAGCAUUUCAAGAACGUAUUAAAUUACAUCAACAAUGGUUAACUGCUGAAGAUACAUUAAAGAAAAAACGUGAAGCAAAACUAAAAUUAGAACAAACAGCGAAAAAUGUUGAUAAAUUACCUCAAGCUGAAAUGGAAAUCAAUGAAUGGGAUGGUAAAGUUAUACGUGGUAAAGAAGAAUUUGAACGUAUAUCAACAUCAAUUAAACAAGAAUUAGAAAAUUUUGAACAAACACGUAUUGAUGAUUUUAAACAAGGUAUACAAUUAUAUUUCCAACAAUUAUUAGAACAACAAGAAAAAAUUUUAGAAAUUUGGGAAAGUUAUUUACCAGAAGCAAAUAAAAUAAAUUUAUAA